CCUUCACCCUUCACAAUGCCAGCACACUUGAGAAACGGCCUUCGCCUUGCACCACGCAAACCCCUCGUUCAAUCCUCUCGUCCCUUCACCACCACUCGCUCCCUCAACUCGCGCCUGCGCCAGCCGGGCGAGCCCACAGGACCAAACGAACCCCCACGCCAUACCACGGCCCCACCAUCCAAGUCUCCCAUUAAGAUUUGGCCGAUCGUAGCCAUCCUAGUGGCCGGUACAUACUUGUUUAAGAAGAUUGUAGACCAGCGUAGGGGUACAUAUAACGCAGCGGACAAGCCCGUCUCGGGACACUCUCCUUCUCGACCCUAGAAAACCCAAAUCUCCAUCCAUCAAGCAGCCGUCAUGCCAGCAAUCUCCGAAUUGGGCGCCGCGAAGCGCGACAAGCCCCUUUGGUCCACCAACGAAGUCACCGUCAUUUUCGUCCUGGGCGGCCCCGGUGCAGGAAAGGGAACCCAAUGUUCGUUCCUUGUUGCCGAUUAUGGGUUCAAGCAUCUGAGUGCAGGGGACCUGUUGCGCGAGGAGCAGGACCGUCCUGGUAGCGAGUUCGGACAGCUGAUCAAGGAUUACAUCAAGGAGGGUCUGAUCGUGCCUAUGGAGGUUACGAUACAGUUGCUGGAGAAUGCCAUGAAGGCGGCAAUGGAGAAGGAGCAGAAGACUAUGUUUUUGAUCGAUGGUUUCCCCCGUAAGCUGGACCAGGCGCACGCUUUCGAACGCAGCGUUGUCAAGUCAAAGUUCACUCUUUUCUUCAAGUGCAGCGAGAAAGUAAUGCUGGAGCGGUUGCUCGACCGUGGCAAGACCUCCGGCCGUGCCGACGAUAAUAUCGAAUCGAUCAAGAAGCGGUUCAGGACUUUUGAAGACACGAGCAUGCCUGUUGUGGAGGAGUUCAGACAGGAGAAGAGAGUGGUGGAGGUGGAUGCCGAGCAGACCCCUCUGAAGGUGUAUCAAGACGUGCAGGAAAGGCUGAAAGAGUGGGGAGUGCACCCCUUGGAAGUCAAGUUACAGCAAGCGUAGAUAUAGAGCCUUGAACUUCGCACAGCAUUGAAAAUUUGAGCAUCUAAAUUGAUUUUCCAUGUUGCAGUGCAACAUCUUGCCUACGUAGUAGGUCCUUCCAUAUCCG